CCUCGUUGUAUCAAAUAUUGAUCAGUCUGCAUGUAAUACUCCAUUGUUACAAGUACCCAUCAAAUUGAGUGUGGAGGUCGUUUUCCUUCAUGGCAGAGUUUGAUGAGUAUGCAUACUUGGAGAAGCAAUUAGAAGCAAAGGACGCAAAUGGCCACAAGGACGACGGAACUCACAAACGUGAGAAGAGGGAGAAGAAGGACAGGACUAGAGACAGGGACAGCGAAAGGGAGAGAACCAGGGACCAAGACCGGGACAGGAAAUCUUCAAAGCGUGAGCACAGGGACAAGUCACCCGACAGGGAGCGCAAACGUCACCAUUCCUCACAUGAUCACCAUCGAUCUGAGCGCGACAGGAAGCACAGCAGUCGGCCGCGCAGUUUGGAGAAGAGGAGGGAACGCACUCCCCCAGAGGUGAGAGAGCAGCGGGAAAAGGAGCGCGAGCUCAAGGAGCUUGAUCGUGACAUCCGCACAGUCUUUGCUUACAACCUGCCACUCAAGGCAGAGGAGCGAGACUUGUUUGAGUUCUUCUCAAAGGCAGGCCCGAUUGAAGAUGUGAAAAUAAUCAUGGACCGCAACACAAGAAAGUCCAAGGGAUUUGCAUACAUUGAGUACACGAACAAGGCGGACAUUGUGACUGCUAUGGCGCUGACUGGCCAAAUACUCAUGGGUCAGGCCGUGAUGGUGAAAAGCUCAGAGGCGGAGAAGAAUUUGGCAUGGGAGGCCGCCCAAGCCCAAAACGCUUCCAUGCUGCAGAUGAGCACCAUCGGCAAUGCUGGCACAGGACCGUGCAAAUUGUAUAUUGGGAACUUGCACCCCAACAUUCAGGAGCAAGACCUGAAGCAGGUGUUUGAGGCUUUUGGAGCUGUGGAAUACAUCACUCUGCAGAAGGACCCUACUGGACGUUCGCAGGGAUAUGGCUUUGUGCAGUAUCAGACCACACCAGACGCCACAAAGGCGAUGCAGCAGCUUGAUGGGCUGGACAUUGCCGGGAGCCAGAUCUCUGUGAAGAUUGCCCCCUUGACACCAGCAGAGACGGCCGCCGCGGCCGCUGCUGCUGCCGGCCUGGACCUAGAUGACGCUGAGGGUGAACAUGGUGGGCUGAAGCUGACAGCAAAUGCUCGAGCAGCGCUCAUGCAGAGGUUGUCAGGUCCGACUGAUUUAGGUGUGCUCAUUGCAGAUGCUUUGGGUCCGCUGCCUGGGCCUCCAGCGAUGGUUCCAGCAGGCACAGUGGUCAUGUCAGCAGGUGCUCAGGCCCUGGCAAUGGAGCAGGGCAUCUUGGGGCCUUCCUCGCCCAUCCCCACUCAGUGCCUCUUGCUAAAGAACAUGUUCGAUCCGAAAGAGGAGACGGAGCCGGACUGGGACCAGGAGAUAGCAACGGAUGUGACAGAGGAAUGCAGCAAGUAUGGACCAGUGUCCCACACACAUGUGGACAAGAAUAGCAAGGGCUUUGUGUACCUGAAGUUUGUAACUGUUGAAGGGUCAGCUGCAGCUCAGAAGGCCCUCCAUGGACGCUGGUUUGCUGGGCGACAAGUCGUAGCCGAGUUCCAAUUCACGCAGAUAUACAACAGUUAUUUUCAGACAUGA